AUGGUGAUCAAACCAGCUUCACCCGCACCUCGAGAUCUCCUUCAACUCUCCACGGUCGAUGUUUAUAGUCCACCAAAGUACGUUUCAACAAUCUUCUUCUACAAAUCCGUCUUCGGAGAGUCCUUAGAGAUCAUAUCUGAGAGGCUUAAAACCUCUCUAUCUGAGACGCUCUCACGUUUCUACCCUCUAGCUGGAAGAAUUGAAGGUGACAAAAUCAUCUGCAACGACGAAGGAGCCUUCUUCACUGAAGCACGCACAUAUCUUCUCCUCCAAAAUUUUCUCAAAAACAACCCCCAUAAUACCAACUCUCUUCCAGAAUUUCUCCCAACAGUUACACCAGGUGAAUAUGCUGGGACAUGGCCAUUUCUGAGCGUUAAGGUCAACUUCUUCGGAUCCAGAUCAGGAGUCGCGGUCACCGUUUCCAUAUCUCACAAAAUCUGCGAUGCGGCCUCGGUUUUGACUUUUGUCAGUGACUGGGCCGCUACAGCGAAAGCUCAUGAAUCUAAUGACGUCGUGAUGAAUAUUCCCACAUUUGCGUCAACUACCAUUUACCCUCCUCAUCAUAGCUCUUUCCAAAGUUCUUCAGUGGGUGGCCUUUACCCGUUUAGAGGCAAGUGUGCAACCAAUAGAUUCUUCUUCAAAUCCUCUAAGAUCGCUAAGCUUAAACGCAGAGCCACGAGCGAGACUGUCCUGGUCCCUACACGUGUUGAAGCCAUCUCUGACAGUACUUAA